GGCAGAUUAGCGAGUUUGAAAUAGUUUCUCCGACAUAUUGCACGUCUUUGCACUGUACGACAAGGAAGACGCUGGAUCUGUUAAGUUUUAGAGCUUUGUGGAGUCUCGCUUUUGUUCUCGACCUGUGCAGUUUUGUCCAAAGAAGUGCACACCGUACUACAAGAAAAGUAAAGUUAUCCCCCAUUGCAAAAAAAAGAUUUCUUGACGAGCUAGACGAGCGUACUUUCAGUGGAAUCAAGUCAGGAUCUUUUCUGCUACGGUGGAGUUGACGAUGACCGAGAUCAUAGACUUAGAAGGUACAUCACAAGAGCUGGACUACGACUGCUUGUACAGCAGAGACAGUAAUAAUAAUCAAACGGACACAGACUCACCAAACGACUCUGUGUUGGAUGUCAAACAGCCACGCCUUAUUACGAUCAAGUCUUACACUGAAAUUUGUAUAGAGGCUGGAGAAACCACAGAGGAACCCUCUCCGAGAGUCAAACCAAAGUUUAAACCAGACACAAAGUUAAAAGAUUCCGAAAGAAGCAACAGACUUGGAGAAGUAACGCCAGACCCGAAACGAAAGCUCUCAAAACCCAAGGUGAAAUUUCCCAAAAGCACAGACAAAGUGAACGUUUGGAGCAAACAGGAGAAGGCGAAAGCAAAGAAAAAGGAACGAGCACCAUGUUGGUUGGUUGUGUUUGUGUUCUGUUGUGGUGUUAGCAAAGAGCACCAAUGGUACAGCCUGCUAGGAAAAGGUGUUUUCUUGUCGUUCUUCAUGGCCAUAAUGUACCUGGUAGCAAGUUUAACUGUUCUUCCAUUCCUGAUCAUCGCUGCAGUACUUGCCACAAUUUUCUUCAGCGCCGGUAUUCUGUCAUACCUCGCUCUUUCUUCCAAGAAGGUUGGCGUCUCUAUUGACGAUGACGGUGACAGGUCAUGUCUUGGUACGGUUUGGGGGUCCUGGGUCUAAUUGUCCAUAUGCUUCGAGGAUAUUUCAGACCAUGGUUUAGCCUCAUUUUGAGAGCGAGGAUACUCUCAAUUCCGUGGUAAUGACGCACUAGUGGAGCACUGUCAGAGAAAAGUCGGUUUACGAACAAAGCUCACUCACAACUUGGUAGUUGAUUACAGAAUCGCUUAACUGCUCUCCAUUGUAUUAUGCCGUAAUCCGCGUAUGCCGCUAUCCUUACAAAGUCGAUUACAAAACUUACAUGCCGUUCUUCCCAAGAAGUCUGGAGAUUUUUAGAAACCUUGCAUCUUCACGUGCGAGUAAGCAAUCCAGGAAUUUGACUCAGUAUCCUUCUAGGAUAAACUUGGUUUAAAAAGGUAGCCCGCGGACAAGUGGAGCAUUAAGAGUCGUCACAAAAACGACCAAACAGCGAGGAAUGAUGAUAUUGCAUUAAUGAUCAAAGAGGCAGAUCUUUGCAGACACUAGUUUCAAAGUAUGGCCGAAGAUCACUAAGUAUAUGACACGAAAUUCGGGAACUUCAAAUACAAUUUGGAUAUUAAACAAUUAGCAAUGAUGAUAAUUUCUGGGGAAGGGGGAUGCAUCGUGUAGCCCUCCGACAUCCUCCUCUUCUCCGGUCUGCUUCCUUUGUUGAAGGAUUUCUUACACUUUUUAGUCCACACAAUCUAAUUGUAGUUUACGAUUGUCAUUCACCUUAUAAGGAACUGUUGAAGAGUUCUAACUGACUCUAAUAUAUAACCCUUCGUCGUCAACAAAAUAUGAUUAAACCUUGAGCAACAAACAGCCCAGAACUCAAGAAAAUAAACACUAUAUCCCACAGUAGUCAAUGCCAGAUGGUGACUAACACAGCAGAAACUAGAUAAUUCGAAAUUAAUAAUAUAAUUGAUCACAUCUAAAAUAAUCCAAAACUUGGCAAAUUCAUCAGAAAUAAAGGCGACUGGGUGACGUGCAAAUUCAUGAGAUAAGUUUCACAGGAAGGAAUCACUGCAUUAAUGUCCGCACCUUUUGUUUAGCCCUUGCCCAUGAAAUGCGCCCGUUUUGUAUCCUUUAAAUUUUAAACAAUUUAAUAGUUAUUAAUGUUGAUGAACCCUUAAACAUUACUCUGAUAUUGAUCGAAGGGAAAAAAAAUCCUCUCUUAGAAAAAUUAAUGCCACGAUAUUCAGUUUUCAUCCUAGUCAGGAGGAGUAAAAUAGAAUAAAAAAAGAAUAGUUUGAUUAAAAUGAAGAUUUUCAAUAAUUUUGUAGUUCACAGCUUGGAAGAAUGUAACAAGAUUAGAGCAAUUUUCAGUUAAGUAUUGGAAGUAAUCCGGAAUUGCUUUCUUUUUGCUUUACUUGAUAUGUGAUUGGUCCAGAAAUCUCCGCGUUCCACUUUCUCAACCAAUCAGAUUCAAAACUACAACCAAUCAUAACUUUUGGCCGCUCACGUUUUCCCGCGCUAGGAGCGCUUUCCUUGAUUUCACUUUGAAUCCUUAUUGGUUCCUUGUAAUAUCUCCUUCGCUUUGAUUGCCUGGUAUGAUUAUUAUGGUUUCAGCACAGCUAUCUCUACGAAAACAUUUUCAGAGGGAAAAUUGGAAAUCAUUCCAAAUGAAGUCAUCUGAGAUCACUGCGCUUAAUCUUGUUAAUGUACAAUCUUAAACGAAUCGGAUCCCAGUUAAGGAAAAAUUUGCGCACAUGAGGCUAUCAAUGACCUGGUUGGCACAAAUUUUCCUUCAACCGGCCCAAAACGAUCAGGAGUAUCUAUUCUUUGCCUGUGUCAUUUCUCUACUUGAGUGUGGUCCCCGAUCAAACCCGCUGAGAUUUAUUAAUUUGACAAAUUGGCCGUUAUCUUGGCAGUAGUAUUAGUCGUUCAGAACUUAUAAUGCGUCCAAAAUAAGUUUUAAAAGGUAUAGACAAAAAAAAAAA